UGCGCUGCGCCCGGCGCCACCACCCGAACUCAGCCCCUUCGAUGCCAAUCUCAAACAGAGAAGGAAAAGGAAAGAAGGGAAGAGAAAAUCCAGCUGCAGAAACCCAGGAUCACUCACACCUCCGCUACCGCCGCCAUCUUCCUGCCUGGCCCACUAUUUACCCUCCCCUCCCCUUUCCCCUCCCCUUCGUCCUCCCAUUCUCCCCCUGCUCCCCGCCCCGUCCCCCUCCCAACGUCUGACGAAGCACGCCGAGGGCUGGAGGUCCCCCCCCCCCCGCACCCUACCUCCGGUUCUCCCGGGUGACGCAGGGUGGACAGGUGGGAGGAGCAGAGAAAGGAGGAGGGAUGGAGUCCCCGUUCUGUUGCAUUCUGGGAAGGACGCUGCUCCGUCAGUCGCGCAGCUUCCUGGGAGUUGUAGUCGGAAUCCUGAGGCAACCGAUAAUAAAAAAAGCUUUAAGUUUACACCAUGGAUAGGACCAAGGAGAAGAAUGGCAAUCACAAAGAUGAUUUUCUGCUUAGGGUGGGACUUAAUGAUAAUAAAGCCGGAAUGGAAGGAUUAGAUAAAGAGAAGAUUAACAAAAUUAUAAUGGAAGCCACAAAAGGGUCCAGAUUUUAUGGAAAUGAGCUCAAGAAAGAAAAGCAAGUCAACCAACGAAUUGAAAAUAUGAUGCAACAAAAAGCUCAAAUUACCAGCCAACAGCUAAGGGAAGCACAAUUACAGGUUGACAGAUUUGCAAUGGAAUUAGAACAGAGCCGGGAUCUGAACAAUACUAUAGUGCACAUUGACAUGGAUGCUUUCUAUGCAGCUGUAGAAAUGAGAGACAAUCCAGAAUUGAAGGAUAAACCUAUUGCUGUAGGAUCAAGGACUAUGUUGUCUACUUCGAAUUAUUAUGCAAGGAGAUUUGGUGUUCGCGCAGCCAUGCCAGGAUUUAUUGCUAAAAGACUCUGCCCACAACUUAUUAUUGUGCCUCCAAACUUUGACAAAUACCGAGCUGUGAGUACAGAGGUUAAGGAAAUACUUGCUGAUUAUGAUCCCAAUUUUAUGGCCAUGAGUCUUGAUGAAGCCUACUUGAAUAUAACAAAGCACUUACAGGAAAGACAAAAUUGGCCUGAGGACAAAAGGAAGUAUUUAAUCAAAACAGGGAACUCUCUAGAAAAUGAGAAACCAGGAAAAGAAGCUAAUAAACUGAAUGAGCAUGAGCGAUCCAUCUCUCCACUACUUUUUGAUGAUAGUCCUCCUGAUUUGCAGCCACAAGGAAAUCCUUUGCAAGUGAACUCCGAAGAACAGAAUAAUCCUCAAAUACUCCAAAAUUCAAUUGUUUUUGGAACAUCAGCUGAGGAAGUGGUAAAGGAAAUUCGUUUCAGAAUCGAGCAGAAAACAACACUGACAGCCAGUGCAGGCAUUGCCCCAAAUACAAUGUUAGCAAAAGUAUGCAGUGAUAAGAAUAAACCAAAUGGACAAUACCAAAUUCUCCCCAGCAGACAAGCUGUGAUGGACUUCAUCAAGGACUUACCCAUUAGAAAGGUUUCUGGAAUAGGAAAAGUUACAGAGAAAAUGUUAAAGGCACUUGGAAUUACUACUUGUACAGAACUCUACCAACAGAGGACAUUGCUUUCUCUUCUUUUCUCUGAAACAUCUUGGCAUCAUUUCCUUCAUAUUUCCCUGGGUCUAGGUUCAACACACCUGGCAAGGGAUGGAGAAAGGAAAAGCAUGAGCGUUGAGAGGACAUUCAGUGAGAUAAGUAAAGCAGAAGAACAAUAUAGCUUGUGCCAGGAGCUUUGCAGUGAACUUGCUCAAGAUCUGCAGAAAGAAGGACUAAAGGGUAGAACUAUUACCAUUAAACUGAAGAAUGUAAAUUUUGAAGUAAAAACUCGUGCAUCUACGGUUUCAUCUGUUGUUUCUACUGCAGAAGAAAUAUUUGCUAUUGCUAGAGAAUUGCUAAGAACAGAAAUUGAUGCCGAUUUUCCACAUCCCUUGAGAUUAAGACUUAUGGGUGUACGGUUAUCCAGUUUUCCCAAUGAAGAAAACAAGAAACACCAACAAAGGAGCAUUAUUGGCUUCUUACAGGCUGGAAACCAAACUCUGUCAGGCACUGGGUAUAUACUAGAGAAAACAAACAAAGAUCAGUUUCUAAAACCUCUAGAAAUGUCUCAUAAGAAGAGUUUCUUCGAUAAAAAGCGAUCAGAAAGGAAAUGGAGCCACCAAGACACACUUAAAUGUGAGGCUGUGGAUAAACAAAGUUUACAGACAUCACAUUCAUUUCAAGUUUUAAAGAAGAUGAUGAAUGAGAAUUUAGAAACAUCGGAGAAUUCAAAUAACUCUCAGAUAUUUACCUGUCCAAUUUGCUUUAGGGAACAAAGAAGCGUCAGUCUGGAAGCCUUUAAUAAACAUGUAGAUGCAUGUCUUGAUGGACCUUCGAUCAGUGAAAAUUCCAAUGUGUUCUCAUGUUCACAUGCUUCCUCUACAGAAGUUAACAAGAAAGAAAAUGUACAUCCUUCUUUCUCACUCCAUGAGAAGCAGGAUUGUGAAACCCAUCAGAAGAAUUCAGAAAUCAAUUCAGUAGAUUGUAUAGAGCUAGUAGAGACUGAAGAUAACCCACGUAAAGCAGAAAGUGUAGACGGUUUAAGUGAUAAGCACAGCAAAGAGGAAUGUGCUAGUCUUCCAAGCAAAUCAUUUAAUAUUGAGGAAUGUUGUCACAAUUCUUCCUCUACUGUUUCACUGGAAGAUACUGGGUCAUUAAGUCGGCAAGAAUCCUCCCAGCCUCAUUUACAUGAAGUGAUAACAGACCAAGCUCUAGUUUGUCCUGUUUGUAACCUAAAACAAAAGACUUCAGAUCUUACCCUGUUCAAUGUGCAUGUGGAUGUAUGCUUAAAUAAAGGCAUUAUCCAGGAACUGAGAGAGGAUAAAGUUAAUCUAGCUAACCAACCCAGAGAAAGCACCAAAAGUACUGAUAACUCAGGCCGAGUUCAGAAGACUGCAACAAAACCAAAAAGGCCAGGAUUGAUGACAAAGUACUCAGCAUCAAAGAAAACAAAACCAAAUAAUCCCAGACACACUCUUGAUGUAUUUUUUAAAUGAACAUUGAACAUUUUAUCAUUGAACAUUUUAUUCUUAAUAGAAACUUUUUAUU